AUGGAUCUGUCCUCAACUAAUUUCAACAAUUAUGACAUAGAAGCCGCAAAAAGAAAUGUAAAAUGUGACUCAUGACUAUUUUUAGUGAUAUAUUUUAUUCCAAUAAUCCUCUCAUGUCUAAUACCUGAUAUAGAGGCGGCCCUAAGUUUUAUCUUCUUUUUCUCUUUAAUGGGUGCUCCUUACUGACUUACAGCUGUUUUAGGAUUCUUCGCCUCAUCCAAUGAGAUGUCUUUCACAAACUGUUAUUCCUGUUUCUUAUAAUCAUAAAAUGGCGUCGUCGAGAAAAUUCUUCUCUGAAGAAUUUUCACUCCUUUGGCCUAUUUUAUUAUUAUAGGAUUCAGUUUCCCCUAGGACCUUAUCCAGCAAUAUCAGGUAAGCAACGAGGAGGGGUGCACAGCCUCCUGGCCUGAUCCUUGGAUGUUUGGUGGACAUAGGGUUUUACUGCUGACACUCCCGAGGAGGGAGACCCAUAGGCGGCACAAUGAGCAGGAGUCAAGUUUCGAGCAAGGAAACGCAGCCCGUGAGAUCUGGCCUUCAAUUGGCCGUCGCUUGCUUACGAUGGUCCACUGCCGGAUAAAAAGGGUGACGUCGGAAAUGCCCGGUGACGCCACCAGCUAGAGUCUACUGGGGUGAGCGCUUAUAGCUUAUUUAAAUCACCCUGCGGAACCAGAGAAACACGUUAAAACCUCUAAGUAGUCUAAGUUCUAAGUUAUUCCUGUUUCUUGAAAUGCACGUUUAUUUACGUCACAAUGUGCAUUGGCGGGUCAAUACUUAUUUUUCUUUAUCUAUUGCUUUUAGUGCUAGCUAAUUAUUCUCAAGCAAGUUCCUCCCUUGAGAGAUUUGUAGCAUCUUUACUUGUUUUUAUGUCAUUUCUGGCCAUAAUUCACUCAGCUUGUGCAUUUACUCUGUGAUUUUUUGCGAACAGACGUGCAAACCGCUUAAAGGAUUUAAUACUAAGAAGAAACCAGUAUUUCCAAAAUCCAAAUACGUCAGGAAGACUAGAAACUAAAGCGCAAUUCUUUGCUCCGAGUGAAAUAGAAGUCGGAGGAUGUUAUCCUCACUCCCCUCCUUGAGCAAACAAUUCUUAAAAAUUAAAAGUAAAAAUGAAUUCUUUGUAAAAUUUAUGUUUUAUAAUGGAACUUGUUGAAAUUAGCAAAAGAUUUCAUUACAAUAAUUAUCACUUAUAUAUUGAAAAUAUUUUUUCAUAAAAAAUUUGGAGGGCGGGUUUUACCAAAAAAUAGGAUUUUUUCCAUGAUUUGUUCACUCACAGAGGGGGAAUCAGCAAUAUCCUCAACAAUCUCAUCAGUAUCCUUAUUAUAAUCAAGGCAACUAUGGAAGCGUUAAGAAGCCUUAA